CUGAUUUAUUAGUGGUUGCUAUUUUUGGCCUGUCCGGUAAAGUCUAUACGUGUAUCUUCAUAAAAGAAACGGUUGAGAUUAUGAUGUGUUGUCAGGAGCAGUUCGCCUAUGCAAUGAUUUCCGUCAUGUAUUUCGUGAUUGGCGGGAAAAGGCGGACAGUGAAGUUCAAACAUUCGCUAUGUUAGUGCGGUUAUGUUGACUUAGUGUCAUAAUGUUCGUGAUGAUAAUUUGCUGUGAUCUGAUGUAGACAUAGAGCGGCGCCAGAUUGUAGUGCUAACACUGCAGAACUGAAGCCAUGGACCAGGACCCAACUAUGUGGAUAAAAAAAGAGGAAACAGAUGAAGUAAAAAUUGAGUUACACUCCAUGUUUCUUGAAGACCCAUUAAAGACUGAAGGACCUAGUGUUUUGGUAAAGCAAGAUCCUGAAGUGAAACAACAUGCUGAUGGAUCAGAGCAUAAUUCUGUUAAAGAUCCAUUUGGAAUAUCUUGGUCCACUGAUUUUAUCAAGGAGGAUCCUGAAUUGAAUUUGGAAAUUGUCACUGAGGAUAUUGUGGAAACCUCAACAAGAUACACAUAUGAUAGUGCAAGAUUGACUCGGAGUACUGGUGGGAGCUGUGGCAUAUUAUGUGAGGAAACUUAUCACCAUGGGCUAGUCCAGGAUAAGUUGGUGAUAGACAUGAAGACGUCAACACACGAGUUGGGUCCCAGUACAGAAGAUGUGAUUAUUGAUAAGGAGUCCUCAGUUGCUACCCAAUAUGACUGUAGUACAAGGGAAAAGGAAUAUCAUGUAUAUAGCUGUAACUUCUGCCGACAAAGCUUUCCUUCCAAAUACAGACUCAUAAUGCAUGUGUUUGUGCACAUUGAUGGUACGCAACCACCUUUGUAUGUUUGUAAGUGGUGUGGUGAGGUAUUUCACAGUAAUGUUAGUUUGAAAAAACAUUUGAGAAUGAGUGAGAAUUCUGUCUUACCUGCUAGCAACCAUGAAAAAUAUGGCGAUAGUGAUCAUCAUCAAAGCAGUAUCUUCUUGGAUAGUGAGCGAGAAGUUUCUGUUACAGAACACAAUGAGCAGUCUUCGUGUAAGGAAACUUCAAAAGCUUCAAAGAAGUCCUCUAAUGACAGGCGUUACACACAUAUGAGAAAUGAUACGGAUAAAUCAAAUGAUUAUGGAGCUUCAUCUACAGCUGUUAAUGUCACUCCCCAGGCUGAGCUACUUACUGCAAACAGAACCCACAAAUGUGAUAUUUGUGGCAAAUUGUUUGCUAGGUCAUGUCAUCUGAAGACUCACUUAUUAAUUCACACUGGAAAGAAACCUCACAAAUGUGAAAUGUGUGGGAAAUCUUUUACUAUGUUAAGUGAUCUCAAGAAACACACAUUAAUUCACACUGGAAAGAAACCUCACAAAUGCGAGAUUUGUGGGAAAUGUUUUACUAUGUUAGGCUAUCUUAAGAAACAUACAUUCUUCCAUACUGGAAAGAAACCUCACAAAUGCGAGGUUUGUGGGAAAUCUUUUGCUAUAUCAUGUGAUCUCAAGAACCACACAUUAAUUCACACUGGAAAGAAAGCACACAAAUGUGACAUCUGUGGGAAAUCUUUUACUACGUCAAGCAGUCUCAGGGCACAUGCUUUCAUUCACACUGGACAGAAACCUAACAAAUGUGUUAUUUGUGGGAAAUCUUUUGCUUUGUCAGGCAAUCUCAAGAAACACACAUUAAUUCACACUGGAAAGAAACCUCACAAAUGUGAGAUUUGUGGGAAAUCUUUCGGUAUGUUAGGCACUCUCAAUAGGCAUGCAUUAAUUCACAGUGGAAGAAAGCCUCAUAAAUGUGUAAUCUGUGACAGAAGUUUCACUCAAUUGAGUACGCUCAAGACACAUGCAUUACUCCACUUGAGAAAGAAACAAGUAGGUGUUAGUUUAAGCAAAUAGGUAUCCCUGGUUGGUGCUCUCAAGGCCUGUAAAAUAAUGGAUGUAGCAGGGAUACAAUAAAUGGUAAUGGCUGUGAAAUAACAGUAUAAUGUGGUAGAAUUGUGAAAAAAUGUGUAAUUAUGUGUACUUUAGAGCGGUAGCAGAUAAAAUGGCAAUAUAAAAAUCCGUAUCUGCAGCUUGAAAUGUCAAGAAAUUGUAUUGCUAAAUAUGCCUCAAACGUGAAUCAAAUAUGUUUGUCAUUAACACUGCUAUUUUUUCCUAUCGAUCUUGAGACAAGAGGAUUCUGAAUUGUGAUAAAUCCUUACCUUUGUCAGUAAUUAUAAGUAGCAUGCAAUAUUCAGUAUAAGGCCAAGGAAAUGUCAUGACUUUCUGAUUAUUAUCCCUAACAUAGUCAUCAUGUAUUACUUGUAACUCUGCAUUUUAGAAACAAUGUUAGCAAUUGGGUACCCAUAUAUUAUGACAGUUCCUUCACUCAGGCUAGUAAACUCAACACUGGAGAAACAUGAUUAUGGCAAUUAUUUUACACAGGUAUGUUUUCUCAAGAGAUUUGCUCUGUGUGUCAUUAAUAGUGUAUACAUUUGUUCUGUUAGUACUAAUCCUGCAUUAGUAAAUGUAACAACAAAUAUAACAACCUGCUUAAUAGCAUGAAUGUCCACGUUUGGAACACAAUGCGUAGACAGUUCUACAUGGUAGGGACUUGACAAGUUGUUUACAUGUUUCUGGAAGUAUGUUGCACCAGAUGUUUUAUUAAA